AUGGAGGAAAGCCAAGAACUUGCUUUGACCCAGUUUAGAAAAUCGGUCGAGAAACUCUCUUCUUCCACCGAGGGAUAUGAGAAACCGACAUUGAUGAGGUUCCUGGUGGCAAGAUCAAUGAACCCAGGCAAGGCAGCAAAGAUGUUUGUAGACUGGCAAAAGUGGAGAGCCUCCAUGGUUCCUUCCUCUGGAUUCAUACCAGACUCAGAAGUGAAGGUUGAAUUGGAAGCAAGAAAGAUCCAUCUUCAUGGUCCAACCAAAUCCGGACGCCCUCUGUUAAUUAUUAAUGGCUCCAAGCAUUUUCCUUCCAAGGAUCAACUUGUUUUCAAGAAGUUCGUUGUUCAUUUGUUAGACAAAGCUAUCGCAAGUGGCAUCAAAGGAAAAGAAGUAGGAGACGAGAAGUCGGUAGGCCUUGUUGAUCUGCAAAACAUUACAUUGAAGAACAUUGAUCUUCGUGGAAUGAUCACCGGCUUUCAGUUCGUACAAUCUUACUAUCCGGAACGCCUCUUAAAAUGCUACGUCUUGAAUAUGCCUUCCUUCUUCGUGACCAUCUGGAAAUUUAUCGGCCGUUUUAUAGAUAAAGCAACGAAGGAGAAGAUUGUGUUAGUAACGGAUGAAGAAGAACGGAGGAAAUUCGAGGAGGAGGUGGGAUUAGAUGCCUUGCCGGAGGAAUACGGCGGCCGAGCUAAGCUCACAGCACUCCAAGAUGUUUUUCUUCCUAGCCCUGCUCCAGGAAUGUUAGCAAGAAACAAAGAUGCUUAG